UCCAACUCCAAUACAACACCCUGAGCCUGAGUCUUAGCUUAAUCCAUAACGCUCCAGCUCAACCUCCACGAUCCGCAUGCUCAACACAUCUACUGUCUCAUCACAUGCCAUAUAAUAUUCAAUCAAAAGAAGCUCCAAUCGACCUGACGAACAGAAUCUUCGAGGGUGACCUGAAACGCACACCAUAUGUUCGUCAAAAUUCUCAAAUGAGUGUUAUCGCAGUUACCUUUAAUUAGGAAUCGAAUUCAGAACUUAUUCGAACAUGGAACGAUGGUCUGGCGUUUUGAAGAUUCCGUUAGAUGCUAGUACUAGCAGAAACUACUACAGAGUUGCUGCAUCUCUUUGCCUUUCUUCUUCUUCCGGAACUCUCGCUGUGCCUUCUGCAAAUGCAAUAUUCUUCCAUGGGGACAGAGUUCAAGACACUGGGAAUCCUGUGAUUGAGAGGCUCUAUGAUCUGCAGAAAGUAGCUGAGAUCAUUGUUUCUAAAUUUGGCAACUCUGUCAAUGCUUGGGUUGUUGAAGCUUCUGUCUUUGAUGAACCAUUUGCUAUCUACAAGGACUUUGUUCCAUCAGUGAAUCAAUGGGGAGCACCAAAAUCUUAUCUCCCAACUGGCUUCCCAGCUUCUUCAUCAAUUGUCUCCCUCUUAUCUAGUUGCCUCCAAGAGGCAAAGAACCUCAUUUGGAAGGAAGGCAAAGAAGUGUGUUUGAUAGACCAGUUUGCAUCAGUUCAUCACUGUCCCAGAACAUUUGUUCUUGGAUUUAGCAAGGGUGGAGUUGUGAUAAACCAGCUCAUGAGUGAGAUCAGUAUCUUGGAUACAAACUGUGCCGAAACUUCGUCUGCAAUAGUAGAAGAACCUAUGAGCCAGCAUGAAAAGAUUCAGAUCAUUCCAGCCUCUAAAGAAAGCUUCCUCAACAGUAUUUCUCAAGUUCAUUAUAUCGAUGUAGGACUGAACUCUUCCGGUGCCUACAUUACUGAUCACAAUGUCGUGCAGAGAAUCUCCCAACGUCUUUCACGAGGAGCAGACUCGCUGCGCAUUGUCAUUCAUGGAACUCCUAGGCAGUGGUGUGAUAAGCAGCGUGACUGGAUUUGCAAGGAAAAAGAUGAGUUAGUUCGUUUGCUCGAAGCUGAAACUGAAAAUUCCGGUGGGAAACUUCAGGUCCAUGAAAGAUUAUAUUUUUCUGGUAGACUUCCUGAUUUACAGAUGCACUUUGAGAUAAUCGAUUCUUUGGAUGUCUCCUAAGUA